UAUUUUCUUCCUUCAAAAGAUAUUCAAAUAUCCUUAUUCAUCAUCUUCUUAGCUCUCUCCAACAUAUUCCCUGUGUUUCUUGUUUGCCUGAGUUCUAUGUAAGACCCAUACCUACAGCAACAGAUAUGAUCAAUGUGCGUGUAGAUGGAAACACGACUCCUCUUCUUCUAAUGUGUCGAACAUUGACUGGGAAGAAAGCUACACAAGCAGUAAAUUUUCUUUUGCAAAAGGGAGCUGAUCCAGGUAUCACUGAUGAAUGGGGUCGAUCUCCUUUGAUGGAAGUCAUCAAGUGGCAGAUUAACCAUCCAGACAGUGAAAACCUGGAAGUAAUACGUCUUUUGUUGGAUGCAGGAGCUAAAAUAGAUGUGAAAGAGAGUAGGCUUGGCUUGUCCCCCCUGAUGUAUGCUGCAAUGGGUAGCAACAUAGAAACUUUAAAACUGCUAUUAAAGACAAUCAACAAUAAAGAAAAACUAGCCUCUGUUGUUAACACCACAACAACAAUAGGAUUAACACCCUUACACUUAGUGAUGGUGAGCAAUAACAAUGCUGACACUGUCCUUGAGAUGGUGGAGUUCCUUUUAAAGUGUGGAGCAGACCCUAAUAUUUCUACAACAAAACCAUGUGAGAAGAGCAGGGUAUGGAAAGGAACAAGUCCUCUUCUUCUGGCUUGCAGGACAAUGCUAGGGCAAGUGAAGGGAGCUGUUGACAUCAUCAAAUUGUUGCUGAAGCAUGGGGCUGAUCCAAAUGUUCAAGAUGAAGCAAAAUGUUCAAGCAUAAACACUCCUUUAAAAGAAGCUCUAGAACGUCGGUGUGACAGCAGGUACGUUGAAGACUCUAAAGAAGCAGUCUAUACACUUGUUUCUUCUGGUGCUCAGAGUGAUCUGUGUACUGGCUUUGAACUUACCACCCCUCUUAUUAUUGCUGCUCAGAAUCUAGAUAUUGAAUGUUUACAGAUAUUGUUAUUUAGCAUUGCUGACCCAGCCACCAGAGCAGCCAGUAUCAACACACAGGGUGUUAGAAAGUAUGACACUGCUCUGAUUAGAGCUUGCAGCCAUAGUUUAGAGAAUCCAGAACAGGCAAAAGAAGUUGCGGCCUUGUUAUUAAAGAAUGGUGCAGAUCCCAACCUUGAAGCUAACUUGUUAUUUGACUCAGCCAUUCGAAGUAGUAAUCAUGAACUACUGAACUUGCUGUUGGAUCAUGGAGCUAAAUUAACUUCCAGCAUGAUUUCAUGUCACAUUGAGGAGAGUUUGGAAAUGGUGGAUCAGCUACUUUUAUGGGGGAUAGAUCCAUCUGUUUUCUUGUGUUUUGUUAAUGAGUGUUCAACCAACUGGAUUUUCAAUAAUGUGGUGGACUUACUAGAAAAGUGUCUGAAGUUUUCUGGUAUUACAAGAGAGAUGUACUACCUUGUGAAGCAUAUGGUGGCUAAAGUGUUAAACAGCUGCAUGGAGAGUCCUGAGCUGGAAAGUUUGCUGAUUAAACCAUUUGACAAUGUAAGCAGACUUCAAGACUUGUGCAGAAUAAAGAUCAGACACCAUCUCCAUGCUCUUCACAGUUGUAAGAUUGAAAAUUUUAUUGCAGAGCUUCCAUUACCCCAACAUUUAAAAUCUUAUCUUUCUCAUUCAUUGCUUCAAGGAGAAAUGGGAUUUGUUUGAGGAGUCACUGAGAGGAAUCUCUCCAUGUGAGAGUUUGGAAUAACUGUUGGCUCAGACUUUCGAAAAAACAAAAUGUAUUGAUAUGAGAUAUAGUUUCAUCUGUUUCCAUUAUCUUUGAAGUUAAGUGACAAACAUUUAUGCUUUUCUCUGAAAACAUGAACUAAUCAUUUUUCUGUUAAAAGAUAGAUGCAUGCUAGUUUUACACAAUGGAAAGUUUAAAGUGCACAUUUGUUCUUUUGUAAUAAAUUAAUGCAAACUAAGUCUUUAGAAAAUAAAUGAAUAUUUCCAGUAAUCAAUUUAUGAAUACUUAUUAUAUAUAGUAUUACACCAGGCUUUAAACAUAUAGAAUUGUUUGAAAACAUACAAAUCCAAUGAGUGACUUUAAGCAUACAUACUUGGUGAUGAUUAUAAAGUCAAAAAUCUUUAUACAUACGUUUUUGUAUUUAAUAAAUAUGUGUACUACAUUUCCUUCCCACAGCACUAGCUAUAAUGCAUUAGAAAGAUGUCAUGAAAGUUUAUUGCAUACAGUUAAAAUAGUUUUAUAAAUGUAACUGAUCUUCAUACACUCAGAUUUUUCAAUGAUAUUUAUUAUUGAUA